ACUUGAGCAGUUCACACAGCACAUAAAACAAUGAAGUGUAUUUUGCUUAUUGCAACAAUUUUGUUGAGCAUUGCCAGCUGCUUGGCAUUUAAAAAUGCUGUUUGUGGUGAGCCGCAUUCGUUAGAUGGUGAUGGUCUUAGAGCUUGUGCUGCUUUUCAUGAAAUGUGGUCCUUCAAUGCCAAGGACAAUAAAUGCGUCAAGUUCGUCUUUGGCGGCUGUGGCGGCAAUGGCAAUCGCUUUGAAACUCAGGAGCUUUGUGAGGAGAAGUGUGUCGUCUACCAGGAUCCUGUUGCAUUUGUAAAUAGCUUACAUAUAUUAAAUAACCAAUUUUAA